CAUCAGCGACAGUGUCCCAUGUGAAGUUUACAUGUGCGCGACCUCUCUCAUACACACGGACAUUGUGCUUGCCUCUCUGAUAAAAAUGGCCUGUCCUGGACAAAUUGUCGCUGGUUGCAUGACACUGGUGUUAAUUAUGGUUAAUGCUAAACACAACGAGAGUCCUUCAAGGGCAGUGAAUGAGAGCUUCCAUGCGUCGUGCAUCCCUGUGCACUGGGCCGCAGCUGAGAUGAUGUGCAAGAAGAAACAAGGCGCCAUAUUCGAGCUUGACGAUCUGAAGCAUAACUACGGUCAGUCAGUCUUGCAAGCAGCGCUGCAGGAUGUUGGGGAAAUGUGGAUAAGCAAGGACACAAACGGUGGGUGUAUGAAGGCUGUCAAAUCCAAGAAAACAACCGACCGGGUGUCAAGUGCGGAUGAAGCCGACCAGAUUGCUUUCAAGAAAACCAGCUGCUCUGAAUUACAUUAAUAUCUCUGCAAACUGAACAUGAGUUAGUAUACUUCAAUCCAGUUAAGAGUGGGUGAGUUAGGUUUAACGCCGCUUUCAACAGUAGUCCUGUUAUGUCACAGCGUGUCAGCUUAAUGUGGGAGGACAGCCCGAAGUGAUGCAGGUCACAGACGUUUACCACUUCAGUGAAACCGAUGUGUACGGGUAUGAAACCUAGAAACAUAGUCCACGAUCAUACACAACUAAUUGUGGCGCCAUAGACGCCUGGGCCACCCGUGGCACACACAUCCCAUCCCCAACCCCAUCAUUGCCGCGCAACCAACCAUGCAUCAGUCAUUGCAGGGCUCUUCUGCUGUCAUUUUAUGUUUUUAUUGAUGAUAUUGAGAUUAUAUAAUUUGGCGAGCGUAUGGUGUCGUUGGUGUACAUACUGUCCCAAGAAAGAAACACACAGGGGGAAAAUAAAUGUUGAAUUUAGGUGGCCGCCACCUAUCACAGUGAGGAGCUUUGACCGCUGUGAGGAGCUUGUGAAUGUAAGUUCAUAAUCGUAACCAAUCGCCAAAACACACAGCCUGAUGAAACAUCACCCCCAAACACGUCAUUUUGCCAAAUGCAUGAACAUUUCACGUGGAAAGGGAUCCACCGUUUCGCGCCUUUGGAGGCGUUACCAACAGCUUGGAUCCACCCACGACUUGUCUCGAACGGGUAGGCAGGUUUAAGAUCCCAACUGCGGUGCAGGAUCGUUACAUCCGGGUUUUCGAUCUUCUUAACAGAUCGGUCCCAGCAAUUGAAUCCGCAGGAAAUGUCCCAAGUGUACGGCACAGACAACCUGUGAGAAGACCUUAUGUUGGACCUGUGCUGCAACGUCAUCAUCGCCCGUCACGUGUUCGAUGGUGCAGACCAAAGUUGGAAUUGGAGAAAUUGGCGAUGUAUCACGUUUCCUGUUGCAACGUCGUCAUAGUAGAAUCCGACAGACGUCGAAAUGAGCGCUACGCCCGUUUGUUGUUGAGGUGGACAGAUUUGGAGGGGGAAAUGUGAUGAUGUCGGCCGCCAUUUCCUACAACCGCAAAACCGACCUAGUGCACGUGCAAGGGAAUCUUACCGCCCCUUUUUAUAGAGAUGAAAUCCUACAACGUAACCUAGCUUCCAGUUAUCGAUCGAUAGAUAAAAUGUUUUUAACAGGACAACGUCAGACCCCACCUCACCAAUCAGAACAUCACAGUGCUUCCAUAGCCGUCUAAAUCCCCGAAUUUAAACCCAAUUGAGCACUAAUGGACAAUCUCGAUCGACAAGUCCGGCGACGUCAACCACGACCCCAGACGCUGCAACAACUUCGGCGAGGUUUGCAGGAGGAAUGGGUUAGAAUACCCCAGGCUCGGAUCCGGAGACUUAUACUGCCAAUGCCCAGGAGAUUCCAAGCAGUGCUACAAGCUGAUGGUGGUCACAACAGAUACUGACGUCAAAGCCGCCGUCAAGUGCAGUGUUACAAUUGUGGUGGCAUUGAGUUAUGUCAUUAGCUGCAGCUGACCAUUGACACUAAUCAUGUGAUACUUGACAUCUGUGUGAUUCAUUUUCGCUUUAGCUUCAUUCAUCAUUAAGGUUUUCUUUUUUAAAACUAACCCAUGAGCGUUUCUUAUUUAGGAGAGUAUAUAUUUCAUAAUUCAAGUUAGGCACAAUUCGAGGUUCAGUUUCGCUUAUGUAUGUUAGAAACCUUUGAUCGGAGGUUCGGUUCCCAUAUUUACUGGGUUUGUCAGCACCAUCUUGCAUCAUAAGGCGUGCGGUUGACAAAAUGGGAUUAGGCUGAAAUACUGGUAUAAGUGAGAUGCUGAUCAAACCUGCGUUAAGACAAUCUCACACACUUACUCACACUUCAUGUAUUGGUUAUUCAUAGCAUCCGAAGAGAGGAGUCAGGCCAAAGGUACGUAUUUAUGUUUCAUAGAGCAUGCAAAGGCGAGACAGUCGUAACUGAUGUCCUUAUGACGGUAGAAGAUGAUGUUUAAUCCUAUAAAUCACUUUAGGAAUACAGAUACCAGGUAUCAAUUAUCUCACUGAUAUUAUUGUUACAUGUGAAGGAGGAGAGGUUGUGAGACACAUUUAGCUGAGAAGGAGAGAUUGAGACCAAGUCUACUUAAUAAUCAUUGUUAAUAGAAAUGAUUACGGCAAAUAGUUUAUUGUUGAUCUCCGUACUCAUACUCUGAUAGCUACAGUUCAGCGUAUUUAUGCAUUAAGGAAGCGUAUUCUAUAUUCGAUAUGUUCCCGUAAGAAGCCUAACAUCAUUAUUUCUGUGCAUUGGUUUAGAUUUAAAGCCACAUUACGUUCCUUGUCAAGGUCAUCCUGCGAGUUCAGGUAAGGUCGUCCUACCGACAUCCUGUGGUUAAAUGUAAGACGACUAUGUGUGCUUAAAGGAAGAUGAAUCGUUGAGGUAUGACAACGGUGACUAGCAUCUUAACUAAGCCUUUUGUAGCCAUGCAACUGUUCUAUUUCUGAAUGACGAUAGCAGAGAUACUGUAAGUUCCCACGAUCAAUUGUCGGGGAUCCUAACUUUAGUAGCUGACGACCAAUAGCCUGAUUAUAUAAUUGAUAUAAUUGUGCUUUUGCGUAGUAAUUCCACUUUUAAAUGCUAUAAACUUGUUUCACAAAAAUGGGUUAUAAUGCCAGUUAUUGAAGAGUCCAUCGUUCACAUAUAUUAACAUAUUUUUGUUAUUCAUAUGUAACUUUUUCUAGUCAGCAUAUGGCUGAAAUAUUGCCGAUGUGCCUUAAAAUUUUAACUCGCUUACUCACUCUUACUGACGAAAACCGCAACUGACACAAAAUAUACUCAUAAACAGGAGCGAACAUAAAAUCGGGAUUAAGUGUUUAGAUUAUAGAUAUUAUACAUUACUAUAGAUAAGUCAUUACAACAGCAUUUGAGUGAUGCGACCCCAAAUGGUAAUAGAAUGAUAAUUUUUUUACACAUCCAUGUACGGAAUCCAUGAGUGUUUUAUUAGGUCAUUAAUGAAUUCGUUUUAGUUAAAAGGUUAUUUGAACUUUGUAUGUACGCUUUUAAUCAAAUGAUGUACUCACAAACGUUCAUAUUUUUUAGGCUAUAUCUACAUGACCUUGUUGGGCGUCGGACUUGUACUCGUCGUUAGUAUCAUAGCCGUCUACCACUCAGUCAGAAGACUUGGUGGCGCUGGUGGUCGAUUGACCGGGGGUCACUCAGAUGGUGGUCAGGACCUCAAUGAUACCCAAUCUGACCAUGAUGCUGACAUCAGAGAUCUUGAGACUGAAGAUGGUGACAAAGAGAUUGGUUUCCCUGUAGAACAGAUUGAUCAGCGUUCUGAAGAUACUGAUAACGGUUCUUUGCUGGUCGACGAAACGUUUGACACGUAUGAAGAUUUUGCUGCUGAAACUGACAACCCUGGUGGCCACCUCAAUGACAGUCUGUCAGACGAUGGAACUGCCGUGGUGUCCGACUGCUACGACAACGUAACCUACCACUAUGAUUAGUGAAGUGAACUUUCUUAAACGCUGGGAAAUUCAAUGAUUACAAUAAUCAUGUUAGAAUAGCAUGUCUGCCUGAGUUAGACACAUAAGUACAACAACUUCAUCACGUUUGUGUGUGUCCGUGGGUACGUGUGUGCGCAUGUGCUUCUGUGUGUGUGUGUGUGUGUGUGUGUGUGUGUGUGUGUGUGUGUGUGUGUGUGUGUGUGUGUGUGUGUGUGUGUGUGUGUCUGUGUCUGUGUGUCUGUGUGUGUGCAACAUAAACAUGAUGAAGGUAGAUAACCUUGUGAUAACUUGUUCAUAAAAAUACUUCAUUAAAAAUCCAAUCUAACAGAUAGUAACAACAGUUUUUUACAUGUGUAUAUAUUUUCAUCCUUUAUCAUCUUUUUUAGUUUGUAUCUACUUAUUUUGUUUUUCUGAGUUUAAUAUCAGCCCACAACACUGUCAAAUCUGAUACCAUUUACAGCCACUGUGAUUUCACCAGCUUCACAGGAGUUCCCCUUUCGUUGUAUAGACACACCCACAACCUGGUCGUAGUAAUGUGGGCGGUCAGGUAGCCUAGUGGUCAAAGCGUUCGCUCGUCACGCCGAAGACCCGGGUUCGAUUGCCGAUAUGAGUACAAUGUGUGAAGCCCAUUUCUUGUGUCCCCCGCCGUGAUGUUGCUGGAAUAUUGCUAAAAGCGGCGUAACAUCAAACUCACUCACUCACUGUUGACUGUUUGACUCUCUCUCACACCUGUAAGUCAAGUUCUACAUGUCUUCUGAAAGACUCUUUGGUGCUCUCAAAAUCAAAAUCCACCACCUUGUUAUUGGACGAGCAGACCAGUGACACAUGUGUACGUCAAGUGACCAGUGACACGUCUUCUACGUCGUUCUGCGUCAACAACGGAGGCUCCACGCCUGAUGCUUUCACAUACAUGUAUAUCAAACAUGCAAACGGUGCCGCGAUCCAGAGACAUCUAAUCAAAUGAAAGAGUACAUUAUCGCUAAUUGUAUAAAAUAAUAGUGACAAAUCACUUUCCAUUUUCAUAAGAAAUCUCUGCCACCGAUUGUACAAUUCCGACUAUAUCAUGAGCAAGUGUUUAUGAAUCACUAUCAAAUAGUGAUGACACAGGUGUAGGGAAAGAUGAGAGCGUAUCCUGCCCCACAGGCGUCACCGGUGGUUCAAGAUCGUAUUGUGUAGCAAAAUCAUUCAUAGUAACGCAGUAUGGCGUCAUCAGCUGUGAAGACACUAUUCAAUGCAUGUGUGAUAUGUGCAACUAAAAUGUGAAUACAAAUAUUGCUGCUUUUGUCAUUACAAUGUAUACAAAAUUACACGAUGUUGCACGUGCAUUUGAUUACUAGUAAUGUGGAAAUAUUAAUUUUCGAAUUCUGCAAUCGACACUGCUUUUGGCAGAGAUUUCCGUUGGCUAUGGAUAGAGUCUUGUCGCUUUUGUUCGUAUCUAAUCUAAUACCCAACAUGCUCUUCUAGUUUACACACCAAAUAUGAACUCUUCAUGAUUUUAGCAUUUGUGAGUGCGCCUUUAUUCUCUCCUUACUUAUAUCAAGAAUACAGAAUUUAUACAUUUGCAUUAUGUUUUUAUCUUGAAAUAAUUUACUUGUUUUAAAGUUUUUCGUUUUUGUGUUAUUCUUUGACUAUUGUACAGAUAGUUUCAGUGCACAAUCUCUACUGUGUUUCCGUGCUCGUGUAUUAAAUAUACCAUAUAAAAAUGUAAUUUUCCACUUUAUCACUAUUGUUAUGCCAUCUUACUUUUACGUGUGAGUGAGUGAGUUAAGAUUUAACGUCACAUCGGCAGUAUUUCAGCCAUAUCGUGACGAUACUUUUACAUGAGAACGAAUGUGUCUACUUAAUUGUAGUCCCAGCACACCACAACAUGUUGUUUGUAAUUGUUCUGUAAAUUUGAUUGUUAGUCAACAAAGGAUUUGCUUUAACCCAAAUACAAUGGUUUUAAUGAAUAUCAUGAAUAUAGAAAACAAAACAGCAUUGAAAUUAAUGAGGAAGUUACUGAACGAUUUGUCCAACCCAGCUAGUCAGAUAAUAUGUGUUUAUUAUACAGGAAGUACCUCGUGUCUUUUUGUUUAACAACGGAAUUCGAGGUUUCGAAGCUGUGAAUAUUUUGUUAUAAUACUAACCUCCUUUUCAGAAUGACAGUUUUACUAAUACAGUCUUGUCUUAUGUCAUCGAUUAGUCGAUAAGUUAUAAGUAGUAUACUGACUGAAAAAAGUAACUGUGCUUCAUGUAAAGUUCAACAAAAAUAAUUUUAUUCUGAAAUCAAAUGAUGCAUAUUUCAAUGUAUAUUCAUUAGAAGACAUUUCCUCGACUUUAAGUUCGUGAUUCACAGUUUGCACGUGCAUGUUCAUGCAAUGCGCACACAUUUUGGUUUUGUGUGUGAACAACACACAAUGACAUAGGUAAUGAUUUAGGACCGACGUCAGCUGGGGUUUCCUAAUCGGAUCUAUGUUAGUAAUUAAACUUGAUGUACUUUCUGACAACCCAAUGUUAUCUUAAAUACAGUUGAUUGUCAUGACGAAAUGUAUACAGGAUAUAUUUUGCUCAUUCGAUCGACAAAUUAAACACAACUUUAUAUUUCCUGUUCAAAACCGGACAACAAUGUAUUGAAAUAGUUGUGACUGCUCGUGACCGUGAGUAUCUGACAAUGUGCAACAUAUGAAUAGAAAAAGAGUAUAAUUGUGUUAUCAGUGUCAUCACGCGUCAUCACGCGGUGUUUAAAUGCUAAGCAACGUGCGUCCUCUGAAACGUUCAAGCCUUCAUCUCCCAUCCCUAAGACCAUCAACUGUAUAUACCCUCCACAAAAAGUAGGGAAUCAUGACAUAUAUAUGUUAUGAUCCGUCGUCAGAAAAAGACCAUCUUUGAAAAAUGACGAGCAGAGAACGAAAACCUAACACACCAUGUGAUGUCUCCUUGUGUGCGGGUAGGGGGUUAUUCUCGAUUUUGACACUUCAUAAGCGAUACUUUUUGAGGGGAGUAUAAACCAAUAACCUGACGUUCAUAGCAAUCACAGAGCAGCGUGGCCGUACAUAGAUUCCUUGUUGCCAGUCAUCCCCAACCUUUCCGCCCAAAUCUAUUCGUCAAAGUGAUGUCAACAAGGAAACUAUGUCACUUGCGGACGUCCUCCACCUUGUACACGGACGUGUAGAGGGCGACUUUUAGUAUGUUCAAAAGCAUUGUUAAUGACAGAUGGCUUUUCUUUUAUCUCUACAAUGUGCUGGUUGUGCACUGACGGCUCUGAUAGUUGCGUGGGCGGGACUCGUCCACAGUGUUGCAAACAGCACUACAUCAGUGGGUUCAGUGACACCUGUAACACAUUUCUCCACAACUCCAAACCGCAAUCCAGAAAAAUAUGUAUUUGAGUCAUCCUGUGCAACUGUCAACUGGUCCCUAGCUGAGACAGCGUGCGUGAAGAAAGGCACCGCCAUAUUCACCUUCUCUGAUGUAGCGACAUCAAUUGGCAGCCUUGCCUUGAGGAAAGCUCAAGCGGAACAUGGAACUAUAUGGGUCAAUAUGGACAUUAAUGGUACCUGCUACACCGCAGUGGGCGACAGCAUGACCUUCAACAGCACCAGCUGCAGUGACAACAACCACUACCUUUGCACAUCGCGAUCGAGUACAAACAGCAGUUCUGAGUGGUACAUACCCUGUCCAAACGACUCUUCUAACAAAGAAAGGCCGAGUUUCCAUGGGUCCUGCCUGCCUGCAAACGCAGCCAUGGCCAAGAAACACUGCGAGGAGAAAAGCGGAAUCAUGUUCACCAUUGAUGAUUUGAGGAUGGUCUAUGGUCUCCGUAUCAUGGAGUCAGCGAUAGAGGACCUGGGAGAUAUAUGGAUGCUUAGUAAUGGUUCCUGCACUGAAGGUGACAUCUACGGGAAUUUACACGGAUGUUGCAAGUCUGCGGGAAAUGGUUCGAGAGGCGUUAACGCUUUCACAGCAGUCACCUGUAAGGAAUUGCGUCAUUAUGUUUGCAGAAUGAAAAGCACUGGUCAAGUGUUUCACAGAAACGGCAUAAACGAAACGUAUAUCCCAUGCAAGAAGGACAUGUCUUCACCAGCUACUGUCGUCAUCAUCGUCGUGGUCGUCACGGUGGCGGUGGUGCUGGGUUUCAUUCUCGGUGGAUGUUGCUUAUUCAAGUGCGUGACGAAACCGAUCAAGUAUGCAGUGAGAGUUCAGAGUGCCCUGUAUCACCGGCAUCACCCGGAACCUGGACCAGCCGCGGACGGACCGACCCAAGCAGCUGAUAUGUUAGCCAAACAUGUGAUCAACCUCAACAAAACAUGAACAAAAAACUAGCUGCACAUACACGCGUUGACGUCGAGUGCAACUACAAACUGCAAUGGGCGUCAGAGUCGGGCGUCAGUGUUAGGUGUUAGUGUUGGGCGUAAGUGUCGGGCUCCAGUGUUGGGUGUUAGUGUUGGGCGUUAGUGUCGGGCUCCAGUGUUAGGUGUUAGUGUUGGGCGUUAGUGUCGGGCUCCAGUGUCGAGCGUCAGAGUCGGGCGCCAGUGUCGGGCUCCAGUGUCGGGCGCCAGUGUUGGGCGUUAGUGUCAGGCUCCAGUGUCGGGCGCCAGUGUUGGGCGUUAGUGUCGGGCGCCAGUGUUGGGCGUCAGUGUUGGGUGUUAGUGUUGGGCGUCAGUGUCGGGCUCCAGUGUCGGGCGCCAGUGUUGGGCGUUAGUGUCGGGCUCCAGUGUCGGGCGCCAGUGUUGGGCGUUAGUGUCGGGCUCCAGUGUCGGGCGCCAGUGUUUGGCGUCAGUGUCGGGCUCCAGUGUUGGGCGUCACAGUCUGGCGUCAGUGUUUGGCGUCAGUGUCGGGCGCCAGUGUUCGGCGUCAGUGUCGGGCGUCAGUGUCGGGCUCCAGUGUCGGGCGUCAGUGUCGGGCGCCAGUGUUCGGCGUUAGUGUCAGGCUCCAGUGUUGGGCGUCAGUGUCGGGCGUCAGUGUCGGGCUCCAGUGUCGAGCGUCAGUGUCGGGCGUCAGUGUCGGGCUCCAGUGUCGGGCGUCAGUGUCGGGCGUCAGUGUCGGGCGUCAGUGUCGGGCGUUAGUGUCGGGCGUUAGUGUCGGGCGUCAGGGUCGGGCUCCAGUGUCGGGCGUCAGUGUCGGGCGUCAGUGUCGGGCGCCAGUGUUUGGCGUCAGUGUCAGGCUCCAGUGUUGGGCGCCCCUGUCUUACAACAUAAUAUAUAUAGCAAUAUAUGGAGAAUUUCACCCGAGAUUAUAUCAAAUAUAUCUACACGAGUAAUCUGUGUCACAAGACGGAGUGUUGAUAUAUUUGAUAUCAAAAGACACAAGGUCACCAAACAUCAUUCUUACAACUCUUACAGUUUUAGACAGUAAUAAGAAGUGUCUUAAGUGUAAAAAGUACUGCUAACAGCUUCAGUGGCAGAGCCAUUAGUGAUGUCAUCCGAUUGUGAUUUCAUGGUAACAAUGACGUCACAAUGGUCUGCAAAGCAUUGUGUUGCAAUUGCAUUGCAGCGGCAAUUACAGUGUAGAUAUCGAUUGACCAAACCCUAGGAUAUAUCCUAGGGGCCCAGUUUUGGAUGAUAAAGUAAAAGAACAAUUAGUAAGACCAGGCGAGCUCCAAUUCGACAUCGACAACUUGCAACUAAUUUACUCUAUGUGUUUUCGACUGUAUUAAGACCAAGUAGUAACGGAUGAUAAUUGACAAGUCUGGUAGAAUCAUCAGACAUACAUCAUAUUCGUGUACACCUGUGCACUUCCAUUGAUAUAUUUAACCCGUGCAUUUCAGCACAGCAAGUUGUAUUGCAACUGUUUUGACUAUUUCGGUCAAAUAUGUUGUGAAAAUAUUGUGAAAUUGUGUUAAUAUCCAGAUACGUCUUUACAUUCAUUCCUUUGUUUGUUUGAUAUCAUCUUGAUGUGAUGUUAUAAUCUUUCUCGGGCCAUUGUCUUCAGUGUUUCCUCCUUUCACGAAAGAAAACUUUCCUUUGUUUGUUUGUUGUUUAACGCCGCACUCAGCAAUAUGCCAGUUAUAUGACGGCGAUCUGUAAAUAACCGAGACUGGACCAGACAAUUGAGUGAUUGACAUCAUGAUAAUCGAUCUACGCAGUUGGGGUACGAUGACAUGCAAUCAACUAUGUCAGCGAGCCUGACCACCCGAUCCCGUUAGUCGCAUCCUAAGACAAGCACAGUCGUCUCUCAUCAAGAAAGAACUGUAUGCUUUGUCACCAGGAUAACAUGCAAAAUGACAAACACAAAGGCAGCGCUUGUCAAAAUUUUCAUGUUAUGUUUAAGUGAGCUGAAAUGGGGUUUAACAUUGUUUCACUAUAUAGCGACGUGCAUGCACAUGUGCGUGCGUGCGUGCGUGCGUGCGUGCGUGCGUGUGUUUGUUAAGACUUGUCGCUUUCUAGGUAUGACGCGGCCAUGGCAUGGAAUAACCGACCACGCGGUCUCCGUGCACGCACUCUAUUGACUAGACCAUGCAGGUAUUAUCCCUUCUAGGCAUUAGAGCAAGCAAGUGGUCAUGUUUACAUGUGCAAGGAAGGCACGUAGUACAUUGUAUCAUCAAUAAUUGUAAUUACGUCCGUUUGUACAUUAACACUAUGUUAAUGUUAUACAAUAACCAAUAUAUAUUUAAUCUCGUGUCAAAGAA